AAAUUCUUCACCGCGAACGCGGCAACAUCGUUUUGCGCGCUCACGACACGGACACGCGUUCACGCACAUCUGCGCGUGAAGAGAAAGAGAGCGAAGCGCCGUGUCCAGCGGCCUCGCGUUUAUAAUGGCGUCCAGGAGAAGAGAGGAGUACGAGCAGUUACAUUGGAAAUAAAACUUGUCACACAGGUGAGAAAGAGGAUGGUGAGCAGUCAAGCCAAAUACGAACUGAUCCAAGAGGUGGGCCGGGGCAGUUACGGUGUGGUAUACGAGGCAGUCGUACACCAGACAGGCGCUCGUGUGGCUGUGAAGAAGAUCCGCUGCCAUUCCCCGGAGAACGUGGAGCUGGCCCUGAGGGAAUUCUGGGCACUGAGCAGCAUUCAGAGCCAGCAUCCCAACGUCAUUCACCUGGAGGAAUGCGUCCUUCAGAGAGACAGUCUUGCUCAGAGGAUGAGCCACGGCUCCAGCUCGUCACUCUACCUGGAGCUGGUGGAAACCUCCCUGAAAGGUGAGAUUACGUUUGACCCCCGCUGCGCCUACUACAUGUGGUUUGUCAUGGACUUCUGCGACGGUGGAGACAUGAAUGCCUACCUGCUUUCCCGCAAGCCCAGCCGCAAGACCAACACCAGCUUCAUGCUGCAGCUGGGCAGCGCUCUGGCAUUUCUGCAUCGCAACCAGAUCAUCCACCGAGACCUCAAACCCGACAACAUCCUCAUCUCGCAGGGCCGAACCCUGGCCGGCAGCCCUGAUCCCAUCCUGAAGGUGGCCGACUUCGGCCUCAGCAAGGUCUGCUCCUGUUCAGGCCUGAACCCAGAGGAACCGGCCAGCGUCAACAAGUGUUUCCUGUCCACGGCUUGCGGGACGGACUUCUACAUGGCCCCGGAAGUAUGGGAGGGCCACUACACGGCUAAGGCAGACAUUUUCGCCCUGGGGGUGAUCAUAUGGGCUAUGGUGGAGCGGAUAACAUUUGUUGACGUGGAGACGCAGAAGGAGCUGUUGGGAAGCUACGUGCAGCAGGGUGAGGAUAUUGUGCCUUUGGGGGAGGCUCUGCUGGAAAACCCCAAAAUGGAGCUCCACAUCCCGGCCCGAAAGAAAAGCAUGAACGCUGGCAUGAAGCAAUUGAUUCGAGAGAUGCUGUCGGCCAAUCCGCAGGAGCGGCCUGAUGCGGUCGAGCUAGAGCUGAGACUUGUCCGUAUCGCGUGCAGGGAACUCGACUGGGACACGUGAGAAAAAAUCCAUGGGAACUUUAAUGUGAUUCCUGCCAUCUUGAAGUGAGCAUUGAAAUGUAUUGUUUGUGGGCAAAUAGGGGUUUUUGGGGGCCAGUUGCACUGCUCCUUAAAGGGAUUCAUUGUACACAAAGUGUAAAAUGUAUUUCAUGGUCUCAUCUGUCCAUAAGCGCAUAGUCUCAUAAAGGUUAAAGAUUCCACCUUGAUCCUGCACAGAGGUCCACAGAAUUCCCAGAACAUUCCAGCAUGCACAACAAACUGCUUUUUUUCCUGAAGUCAAACUAAUUUGAUUUCAAUCUCGGGUACUCCUUUUGUCUUUUGAUUUUAUUGUCUUUGACGGCUUGUCCCGCCUCGCUCCUGGUGCUAAUUCAAUUUCUAAUGCAAAGCGGAAGCGAGCGCAGUAAAUAACGGCCUCUUUUACAGCCACCUUAAUAUUUUCCUGGUCAGUUUUAACAGCUUUUUUACAACACAAUCAAUAUCUGUUAUUCUGCACUUUGCUCACAAAAGGGCUUCAGGGAGUUGUAUUUAUGUCAGUCUAUUUGAAAUCUCUGUGUUUUCAUCUUUUCUACAAAAUACUUGACAGGCAAUAGUUUGUAGUCAAAAUCUCAAAAGUGGUGCGUUAAAUUUAAACUUUUACAUGUUCGAUUAAUUACGUUUGAAUAAUUAGUAAUCCGGACAUCUGUAUAAAAAGCAAGAGUAAUUGACAAGCAUCUUAUAAGGAAUGUCUGUCAGAGGUGUAAAGCAAGUCAUAAAUGGAGUCACAGACAAAGCUUCCUGCUGGAAACUAACAAAUGUGCAUGUUAAAAAAUGCAUUUCCGGGUGACUCUCUUUUGACUAGUACAGUAUCAAUAUGUUUCUUUCUCCUGUCUAGUUUAAAAAUGAGCCCAUGACACAAGCUGGAGUUUCACAUGAUGAAAUAGCCAGAAUUGCUUACUGUGCUUUCACAUCACCACCGGCGAGAGUGUAAAUAAAAGCUCUGGCUGCCCUUCCAACGAUGCUAUAGAAAAGGUUUAGUGGACGCUCUGACGCUCGAAUGCAUUCUCUGAACUUCUCUCAAGCAGAGAUUUCUGCCUUACGAUUGGUUGCCUAACGGCGCAUUCACAAGGGGCGUAAGCUUUAAUGCUUAACGGAAGGCUUGUCUGAAGCGUGGUCAACAGCCAAUCACAGGGGCCGCAGCACAUGCUCCGGUCUUCCAUAAACGUAAUUGGCUGGCUCUGCCUAGGUUAUUUGCAUAAGGCAAUCUGAUUGGCUGAUGCUCGCGUUGCCACUUGAAAAGUUGAGAAAUGUUCAACUUCUGCCCGCAAGCAACAGCAGUGACGCGGUGCUGACGAAUCCACAAUUCAGUUCGUUAGCGCUUGACGUCACCCAUUAAAUGUGAAUGGGAAGCUUUAACGCUUACGCCCCGUAAUGUUUCUGCCUUCUGAUUAGUUGCUGACAAACAGCGAGCGUCAUAGCUCAUUACCAUAACGUUGAACUUAUUUCAACUCUCGUUGAUACCAUAGACUGUAAAAAAAAGAUGGACGACACCUGUUCGCUCUCUUCCAUUGGUGAAAAGUGAAGCCGCCAGUGUCCCGAUAUGGCGCUGACAUCUUGGGUCUUGAGUCUGCGCAGUAGCGAUUUUGGGACCAGUCCUACGCAGUAGUGAACAGGAAGUAAAGCCAUGAAAUCAAGACCCCGCCCUCGCUCUCGCAGAAUGCGCAUAUCACAUGAUAUCACAGCUGUCAAUCAUGACACGACACCACCAUUUUUAUAUCAUUAAAUAACUAACUAAACACAAACUUAUUUUAAAAACAAACAUUUGAAUUUACAUCAGCGUGUUUAAAAACUACAAUAAAUGACAGAAACCAGUUUUGGAAAAAAGAUAAUUAAAUUGUAAAAAAAUUGUUUAGUUGGUCUCAAGUCCCAUUGCAUAACAUGGGGAGGCGGGCUUUAGGACCUAUACUGGGAUCACUCACUGGGGGACGAUUGAGAUGUUUUGGAUUCACUUUUCAGGGCUUGUGCGGCACGCUUGGUUGAGGCUUAUGACACCGUACAUGACGUGCCGCGCAGCUGCUCACCGGAGCUCGUCGCCGGCUCUCAUUGAAAAUUAAUUACUUCAGGCUACUUUGACGCUCUUGCCGAUGGCAGUCUGAACGCACAGUUAGCCAGGUUGUGCUACCAAAUGGCCAUAUUAUCCAUUUUGAAAAUCUAAAUAAUUAAAACUUUUUUGAUUAAUAGAAAUAACUGUAACUUCUUUAAAAUAUUAACAUUUUGAUAAAGCAAAAAAAACCACUAAAUUGCAUACGUGUGUAUUUGCUAUUCAUCAUAAAGGUAUAAGCACAGGAUUUAAGACAAGCCAGAAAAGACAACCUCAUGAAGAAAAAACACUCUAUAAAAAUGUGCAUGUUGUACUAGUAAAAGGUUUUGACAUGGCUACUCAUUUCGAGGUUAUUUUUCAAAAUAUUUAAUUUUAACUCUAUUCGAUUAAACCUACACACACUUCAAUCAGCUUUAUAAGGUUUUAAACAGAAUUGAAGGAUUUACAAUCUUAAAAAUAAAAGGUGUUUUAUGAUGCCAUAGAAGAACAUUUUGUGUCUAAAUGGUUAUUUAAAGCACAUUUACAUCUGAAGCACCUUUCUGUUUCACAAAAGGUGAAAAAAUGUUCUUCAGAUUAUAAAAAUAGAAAUUGUUUUUAAAGAACCUUUGACUUAAUUUUUUUUUUGAGGAACCAAAAAAAUGUUUUUCUAUGGCAUAGAUGUAAAGAACCUUUCAAGCACCUUAAUUUUUAAGAGUGUACCAUCAUUCAUUUCAACAUUUUUUAUUUUUGACAUAGUUUUGACAGUAAUAUAUAAUAAAUGAAUCAAAAUAAUAUAUAGGCAUAGUUUGUCUACCAUACCUUUACAAAAAGCAUUUUAACCACAAGAAAAACAUUCAAUCAAGUGUGUCCAAACUUUUGACUGGUAGUGUACAUUUAAAGGUGCAGUGUACAUUUUAGGAGGAUAUAUUGACAGAAAUGCAAUACAAUAUACAUAACUUUAGUAGUGGUGUAUAAAAAUCGUACAUAAUGACUUGGUAUGUUUAAUUACUUUCGAAUGAGCCAUUUACAUACAAAGUUACCAUUUUGCACCGCCAUAUUUCUACAGUAGCCCUUAACAGACAAACUCCUCUUCAGAGUUAUUUUCGUUAGAGGUCGACCGAUAUUGGAUUUUGCCGAUAGUGAUAACCAAGGUGGGCACUAACUGCCGAUAACCGAUAAAUUAACCAAUAGUUUUUGACCAUUUACUGAAUACAAACACAACACUCAUAACUCAUUCACUAAGCUCAAACAUAACACAACAAAGUUAUGUUGAACUUUAUUACCAAAUUAGAAUAAAGAAUUGACAAAAUAAGUUGUACUUUUAAGUAAAAAGUAAAUAUGAAUAUUAACUAUCAACAAACCUUAGAGUAGCCUAAGCAAACUAAAAUAAUACUAAACCAAAGUAACAUACCACAGAACAAUAAAAACAGAUUCAAACUAUAUAAACAGUAUAGCAUGAACUGUUGUAAAAAAUUACAAAUUAAAUAAUGUCAGUACGAAUUUUUUUUUAGUUUAUCACAACUAAAACUUUCGGUCAGAAUUUUUGCCGAUGAAUGAUAGUUAUCGGCGCGGAUUAAUCGGCAAAUCCGAUGAAUUGGUCCGCCUCUACUUUUCGUCACUGUUGUCUCAGACCAUGACAUGUUUGUCCUAUGGUGGCUACCGUAGCUUUGCUGAGAGUUGGCAAUUCGCAAUCUCACCACUAGAUGCCGCUGAAAUCUAUACAUGGCACAUUUAAAACAAAGAAUCGCCCGUUUUGAAGAAUGACCCCUGUGAUCUGAAAUUACUUUGUAGACAUGAAGUACAUUCGGCAUGGACCGUGGCAUUAUUUAGCAAUACGUUUCGAUAUUUUCUGAUGAGUGCGCAUCGAUCUUAAUAUGAAUGCUUAAAACAGCCAGCUUCGAUUUGAGACACAAAUCUUAUCUGUUAGCAUGGAAAGAGAUGCCAAUUAUAACGAACUAAUGUAUCCGUCACACUUCUCACCUGCAGGGAAAAGCAUACAGGGAGUGUGAAAGGAUGAAAGUGGAGAGGCAUGAAACACACUCGCACAUCCACAAGGCUCUGUGAGCUGAGGAUCUUGUGUUGUUGACACAUAAAACCAGCACGCUCAAUUUGAUCUUUGCUACACUCUUGUCAUUUUUUUCCCAGGAAGGCGCAUCUUACUGGUAAUCCCCUCUGCCACGCUCAUGACAGACCAAUGCUAAGCCUGUUAAGUUAUUAGGUAGAGAGGGAAUUCUCUGAUACCAUAACCAUCAUUCAAGUCAAUGUUAUAGGCAGCUGACACUUGAGCACUUGUGGCUGUACCGCUGUCGCUUUAAACACAGAACCGGUCCUGCUCUGGGAUAAGCGGAGGCAUUAAUAUUUAAUGCUGCGGUUAUCUAUGCCAUUUUACCCUUUUUGAAGUGGGGCAAGCUGUAAAUGAAAACCAGCAAAAAUGUAAUUCAGAGCAAUGGCUUAAAUUAUCCCUCUUAAAUAUAUUUUCUUUUGUAGACGCCUCUUUUCUGACUGUGGCAUUAUCUUAUAAUCCAUGUUAUCACAAGAAUAAAGAAUGGAGGGAUUAUUUUUCUCACAGCCGCUAUUUCUGAUCACUCAGAUAUUAUUUGAUCCGCCUUUUUGUUGAGAUUAACAUAAUUUAUGCCUUAUUUUUAAAAUCCUUUUGCCCUUGUGAGCAUAUGGUUGCCUGAACUUCUUAUAAAAGACUGAGUAACAGUUGCCAGACAAACACUACUUGGUGAAGUCUGUCAGUAUUAAUGAAGUCUCGUGUGAACAGGGCUCGCAUGGACGCUAAAACACUGGAGCCUGUAAAGCUGAUGUGCAGAUGAUUGUCAGAUGGUGGUCAAUGAGUAGCAGGUCUUGUUUUUAAAGCCUAAAUUAAAAUCGGUUUAUUUGUGGCCUAAAUCUGUUUUUCCCUAAAUUUUUGGAUGACAGUGUGAACAAUCAUGUUGAAUGUGUGUCCUAGCUGUUCUACCAGGAUUCAAAUGUUUUGUACACAACAUCUACUGUCUUAACAUUUAAAAGUACCAUUUUCCCCCUUUACCUUCAUAAUAAAUUGAAAUAAUAAAUCAUGAAACCGCAAUAAGCUGGUUGAAUAGAGGAUAACCAACACAAUCUUAUGGCAAUUUGUAUAUUUUAUGAGGUGGCUAAUCUGUAAAAAUUUGUACAACCACAUUUGUAAGUUUUUGUACAAUUUGCUUUCAAGUAAAAAAAACGAUUUGCCCGUAACGUUGGCGUUGUGGUAAGUGGUAGUUUAUUUUAUGACAAACGUACCUUUUUGUACAAUUCACGUUUGUACGAAUUCAUACAAAUUAGCCAACUUGUAAAAAUGUACAAAUUCUGAUGAGUUUAGGCUGGAAUAUCUCUGUUCGUGUCCACUGAUUUGCUUUGUCUGUAGAUACUGUACAAGAGUAUUAGUCUGAACUGCACCGAUUGUGUCCUGAUGAUUUUAAAUGUGUGCUUUUUGAAUGAUGGAUGAAUUUGUAUUGUGGAUUGGGCUGUUUGUUUUGGUUGUUAUAAGUAGCCUGCUGACAUGAUUACAUGAUCUUCUGUGUGUUUCUGGAUUUCUGUGCUGUUUUCAGUGUAUACAGAUAUGAUCUUUUGGCCUAAGGUUAAGGUUGUUAUUAGGUGUGUAAAAUUGGGAGCACAACUGUAUUUCACUUUUGUAACAAAGUUGUUUUUGUUUUAUAAACAAGCACUGGAUCAUUUUUCCCACAGUGCUUUGCUCACAGAUUCUGCCCUGAUCAACUAUUGCGAACUACUGAUGAUGCACUGUGACUUAAGUGCUUUUUAUUUUUGACUAUUUGUGUUGUUGUAAAGUAUUUUGAGAUAUACAGAAGUUCAUGAGAGGGGAUCCUCUAAGUGAGUGUGUAAGUUAUUGUUGGGAUUUGCUUUACUAAUAAAAUUUGCACUUAAAUCA